UUGGCAGACUCGCUAGGUGGGGCGCUCUUGGAAGCGGCGACCCAGGCAUUUGGGGAGCCACGGAAGUCGUAUUCUCUUAAAUCCUGCUUUACUCCCCCUGUGGGCAUGACCCCUUAGCUGGCAUUUUUGCAUCCCAGUUGUUUUGUGAUGGAGUCGUCUUUGGGAAUUCAGGUGGAUGAACCCAUGGCUUUUUCUCCCCUGCGUGAGCGGUUGCGGGCCGAUGGCUCAUUAAAAAAACAUGAGCAGAAUUUUAAGCUACCAGGUGUUAAAAAAGAUAUUGAGAAGCUUUAUGAAGCUGUACCACAGCUUGGUAAUGUGUUUAAGAUUAAGGACAAAAUUGGAGAAGGCACUUUCAGCUCUGUUUAUUUGGCCACAGCACAGUUACAAGUAGGACUUGAAGAGAAAAUUGCUCUAAAACACUUAAUUCCAACAAGUCAUCCUAUAAGAAUUGCAGCUGAACUUCAGUGCCUAACAGUGGCUGGGGGGCAAGACAAUGUCAUGGGAGUUAAAUACUGCUUUAGGAAAAAUGAUCAUGUGGUUAUUGCUAUGCCAUAUCUGGAGCAUGAGUCCUUUUUGGACAUCUUGAAUUCUCUUUCCUUUCAAGAAGUACGGGAAUAUAUGUUUAAUCUAUUUAAAGCCUUGAAACGUAUUCAUCAGUUUGGUAUUGUUCACCGUGAUGUUAAGCCCAGCAAUUUUUUAUAUAAUAGGCGUCUGAAAAAGUACGCCUUGGUAGACUUUGGUUUGGCCCAAGGAACCUAUGAUACGAAAAUAGAACUUCUCAAAUUUGUCCAGUCCGAAGCUCAGCAGGGAAGUAGUUCACAAAAUAAAUCACAUGUAAUCACUGGAAACAAGAUUUCCCUGAGUGGCCCAGCAGCACCUAAGGAGCUGGAUCAGCAGCCCACCACAAAAACUUCUGUUAAAAGGCCCUACACAAAUACACAAAUUCAGAUUAAACAAGGAAAAGAUGGCAAGGAUGGAUCUGUAGGCCUUUCUGUCCAGCGCUCUGUUUUUGGAGAAAGAAAUUUCAAUAUACACAGCUCCAUUUCACAUGAGAGCCCUGCAGUGAAACUUAUGAAGCAGUCAAAGACUGUGGAUGUACUAUCUAGAAAGUCAGCAACAAAGAAGAAGGCCGUUUCUACAAAAGUUACGAAUAGUGGUGUGAUGAAGAAAAGUACCAGUUCUUACCCAGCUAGCCAGACCUGUGACUGUUAUGCAACAGAUAAAGUUUGCAGUAUUUGCCUUUCAAGGCGGCAGCAGGUUGCCCCCAGGGCAGGUACACCAGGAUUCAGAGCUCCAGAGGUCUUGACAAAGUGCCCCAAUCAAACUACAGCAAUUGACAUGUGGUCUGCAGGUGUCAUAUUUCUUUCUUUACUUAGUGGACGAUAUCCAUUUUAUAAAGCAAGUGACGAUUUAACUGCUUUGGCUCAAAUUAUGACAAUUCGUGGAUCCAGAGAAACUAUCCAAGCUGCUAAAACUUUUGGCAAAUCAAUAUUGUGUAGCAAAGAAGUCCCAGCACAAGACUUGAGAAAACUCUGUGAGAAGCUCAGAGGUAUAGAUACUGCUGCUCCCAAAGUAACAAGUGAUAUACAGGGACCUGCUCAUGACCCAGCUGUUUCAGAGAAGACUGACCAUAAAGUUUCUCACCUCAGACAAGCACCUCAAGGACAGCACUCAGGAAAUUCAUUGUAUAAAGGGCACAGAAAUGGCUGUGGGGGUUGUUUUGAUGUGAACACUACCAAUUUAGAAGGCUGGGACAAGGUACCUGAUGAAGCUUAUGACCUGCUUGAUAAACUCCUGGAUCUAAAUCCAGCUUCAAGAAUAACAGCAGAUGAAGCUUUGUUGCAUCCUUUUUUUAAAGAUAUGAGUUUGUGAUUAUUGUUCUUCAUUUACUGUUUGCUGUUGUGUAUUGUGAGGUAGGGUGGAAAAGUUCUUUGUAUAGCCAUAAAUUCUUGAUUAGAGAGCAGGGCAGGACGAGUAAUUUAUUUUAAAGUUUCAGUAUUUGCUCUUGUAGCAGAUUAUAAAAUAUGGAUUAAGAUUACUUGUGGUGCCUGGGAUAGUUCUUUGGACUAACAACAUGAUCUUUUGAGCUAGAUCUCCUCAAAGAGAAUAAGCACUUUAGCUUCCCUAAUUACUUGUCAUUGCCAUAUGCAGUUUUAGCCUAGUAUCUUGGGGUUCAAAGUGCAAGUCCGAAAACUCAUGGAUGUGUUAGGGGUUAAAGGAGCCAAAAGACUUGCCUUAUUGGUUUCUUUGAACAUGAGCUAUGCAUACCUUUGGAAAACUCAGCCUGGUACUGUAACCAUUCCAUAGGUUAAGAUAAUUUCCUUUUCUAGAGGCAUAUAUUAUACCUCUUAUGAACACUAAAACAAUGAGAAAAUGUUUAGGGGGUAUAUCACAUAGAAUUGAGUUGAAUUUAUCCAUUUUAAAAAGUAUUUUGUGAAAGCAUUUAUUCUGUG